AUGCGUGGAGUAGCGAGCAGCGCGACCUCCAGCUUUAUGCAUGGCGCGUUUGAGAUAAGAACUGCGCAGAUGGUAGUGCUCGCCGGCCGUAAUGGGAAGCGAUCAGCGAUCAGCGGCUGUCCGGGAAAUGCGACGUCUUGGCUGCGUCGGAAUUUCGAUGUCCAGACAAUCUACCGCAAUGAAUCAUACACAAUAUCGAGCGCAUUCUGUCUGUACCCGUUGCCAUUCUCGCAAAGUCAAAUGCGACUUGGAGACAAACGAGCCAGUAUUCGCAAGAAACGGAAGGUGGAUGAGAGGAAAUCUUCCCCGCAAAGAUCGCGAAAAUCACGAUCUGAAGAUUUAAUCCCGGAAGACCGGGCUUUUGGCUCACAGCCGGGGUUGACCAAUUCUGAAAUUCAACCUUCACCAGCAUGGGGAACAAGAGAAUUCAGAGAGCAUAACGGAUUCAUUGCGGAGCACUCGGUCCUGGCAUACGACGAACCAACACAGCCCACAGUGUCGGAAGGAUCUAUCUCGAGCCUUCCAUGCGUCAGAGACGCUAUCUUAUCAGCAACCGAGGCAUUGGUCCUACCAGUUCCACCACUACGGCGAGCAUUGAUUGAUAUGUUCUUCGACCAAGUCUACCAUGAUUACCCAGUGGUUGAGCGAGGCGACAUUUCGGCGUCAGGUUCAUCCAUUCUCCUCCAACAGGGGGUAUUCCUAGCAGGAAGCCUUAUGCGUCAUGGCUCUGACAGUCUGAGGUUUUCGAAUACUCUCUACGAGAAAGUCAAAGCAUUAAUUUAUCUUCAGUACGAGACUAACAGCAUUGCAACAUUGCAGACGCUGUGCCUCUUGUCUUGCUGGAGCGUGAAGCCCCCGGACAAGAUCAGUCUCGAUGGGCCCUGGUAUUGGACCGGGAUAGCCUCACGACUCGCACUGCAGAUGGGUUUGCAUCAAGAGUCAACAUACGCCAACAACGCCCAUGCCUCAUGUCUUCGAAAGAUCUUUUGGCAACUCCAUAAUGCUGAUAAACUACAAGCUGCAUGUUGGGGUCGCCCGCCAUCAUUCAAUCCUGCUUAUAUUGAUGUGGAGUUACCGUCUCUAAUGGAUUUUGGUAACCAGUCCCUCCAGGCGAUACUCUUCAUUCACGGCACAAAGCUCUGUAUGAUAAUUGGAGAGAUUGCCGAGCUUCAGCGUGAAAAAGACCACAUUGAUCCGCAAAAAGCAUCUCAACUCACGCAGAAGCUAUGUGAAUGGGUGCGGGAACUACCGGCAGAGCUGCAUUUAUAUGAUGCCGCGGGUGAUAGGAACCAAUUCCGUCGUGCGGUAUCAGAAUUGUUCAUCAGAUACUUUGCCACUGUCAUUCUACUGCAUCGCCUACACGGUGGGAUUGACCGACACCGGCACACGUCAAUACCGUGCUUGGUUGCCUCCUCAUGCAUGAUCCAUCUUUAUGAGGAGAUUUUGUUCAGGGAUGAGGCAUGUUAUUUGCUUCAAAUGAAUGGGUUCCUAUGCAUGGUGGCGUCCCUCCCACAGAUAAACUACAAAUCUCGAUCACCAGAGAAAGAAGCUGCACGUCAGAGGGAGAUUGAAGUUCUCUGCUCUGUGUUGAAACAGAUGCGAAUGAAGUACGGAGGAUCCGAAAUGGUGCUCAGAAAGAUCAUGAAGUUACAAAGACAAGUGGAUACUUCAAUGGGAGAACAGCCACUCCCCGAAACAGAAAGGAUCGAAACACCCACAAGUCUUACGGAAGGCAACUUUUACAGUCGGCUUCAAGAACUUUUUCCUUUUCCUAAUACUAUGUGCAGCCAGAUGGAUUUGUUAGAGCGGACAGUGGAUUUAGAGGAAUGUUUCGCCCCAAGCUUUCUUCCCAUCGACACUGAAUGGUUCUUUAAUGCAGAGCUGGACCUCAUGGACUCAAAUGAGAUGUACGCGGAGUUACCAAAUGUUAUUUAUAAUCCUUCCCUAGGGGAAAGUUCGAUGUCGUACGCUUCUACUCAAAAGUCGGCGCUCGGUACACGGUUCUCGGCACUCGGCACGCCAAUAAUGACGCAUCACGAUGCUCGUGGAAAUAAAUUUAUAUAA